CGCUUCCAAAGAGGAUUAGGGUUCCAGAGGUUUCCGAUUGAGAGAGAGCGGAGUCAUACCAUCCCCAUCCUCAUCCACCAAAACGAACAAGACUCAACCAGUGUCUCUAAAGAAGGAUGCGCCAUGUUUAUCAUCGUAAUAGGAUUUCUUUGCUCUUGAGGGGAGUCGAUCGAUAGUGAAAGAAGCCAUCGUGUGACGACAGAGCCCGAACUUUGCGAGAUGAUGUGCGCAAGUGUUGGUCUCUCGAGGUGCGUAACAGAAGGACAGUCGAUUUGCAAGCUUCAAGUCAGUGAUUUUCUUCACCAGUGGAUGCAGAGAAUCAGCUAUGGAGAUGAGAAUCGCUAUCAUUUCAGCGUGAAGCGGCCCUGUUGCGGUUAAAGGGAAAGCAAUCGCCUCUUUGAAGUUUCCAGACUGAUCUCGUAGGAUCGCACCUCCUGCGCUGCUGUGGGGGAAAUAGGAAGCAUCUGUGUUAAGGCUUCUCAACCCAUUACUCAUUCCAAAAUUUCAUUAGGCCUUGAAAUUCCUGAACUAAGUGGUGACAACUAUAAGGUUUGGAGAGAAAGAGUUCUCCUACACUUAGGUUGCAUGGACAUUGAUUAUGCUAUUAGGAAGGAUGAACCACCCGUCAUUAAUGCACAAAGUACUCCGGCUGAAAUUGCGCUAUAUGAGCGAUGGGAGAGAUCCAAUCGGCUCAGUGUAAUGUUUAUCAAAACUAAAAUUUCAGCUGGAAUUCGUGGCUUGAUUGAUCAGCAUAAGAAUGUCAAUAACUUGCUUAAGGAUAUUGAUGAUCAAUUUGUCACUUCAGAAAAGGCUUUACCAAGUACCUUAAUCAUGAAAUUCUCCUCAUUUCGUCUCACAACCGUUAAGGGUGCGCGAAAGCACAUCAAGAACAAAUUUGAUAAGUCUCGUACAACCACCUCUAAAGCUAAGGGUAAAGGUAAAAUACCACCCAAAGCUGACAUUAAAAAGGUACAUAAGUGUUAUUUCUGUAAAAAGAAAGGACACAUGAAGACAGAUUGUGCCAAGUUCAAGAAGUGGUUGGAGAAUAAAGGGUAUGCAGAAUCUAAGGAAGACAGUGGGAAGUGAGCAAAUCAUCUUAUUUGGAAAAAAGAUGGGCUCACAUGUGGAAGCCAUUGGAACAUGCACUUUAAUUUUAAGUAGUGGCUUUGUUUUAACUUUGGAAAAGACUUUUUAUGUACCAAGUUUCUCACGAAACUUGAUUUCAAUUUCAAGACUAGUACCAUUCGGUUUUUCCUUCAAUUUCAAGAAUAAAGUUAUUGAAUUAUUCAAUAAAUCUACUUUUGUUGGAAA